UUGAGUUUGAACAAAAAUGUUAUUUUCACUCACAUUUUCUUUCUUCCCAUACUUCGCCUAUAUUUUCCUCGCUAUUUUAUUUGAAGUUUGUUACAUUAUAAUCAAAGUAGAUUGCACCUUCAAUGGUGACCAGUCUGGAUGAUCCUCCUUGGGAUUCUUUCGUCUCAAUUUUGAUGAAUGGAUUUGCCACAUGAGCAGAUCGUUUUAGUAAUGUGAUGUUCUACUUUAAACUGCUUAUGCCGGUUACUCUGGGCUUUUGAAUAGAGUCAAUCCACCGCCUUUUUCCAUAUAACAGAUCAGAAACCCAUGACACUAUCCUAGGUUGUGAUCAUGGAUUUAAACACCUCUUAGAUGUUCUAAAGUUGCUUCAUGUGUUUAGCUUGAUUAAGAUGGUUAAUGUAUCUCUUAUUGCGCAUGGUAAGGUUUCUAGCAAACCACAGGAUUCUCAACAUAGCCUCCCAGACCUACAAGGUGCAGGUGCAGGUGAUGGGAGUGAUGAUAAAAAAGAACCUUUUUUUGCUAAAGGAAUUUUGAAGAAACUGGGAAGAUAUGGCAUUGCAGGGGUAUUAUCGUAUGGGCUACUGAAUACUGCCUACUAUCUCACCGCAUUUCUCGUCGUGUGGUUAUAUGUUGCUCCUGCACCUGGGAAAAUGGGUUAUGGUGCUGCUGUAAAAAGAUUCCUAAAAAUAAUGGCUAUGGUGUGGGCUGGUAGCCAAGUCACGAAACCUGCUAAAGCAGGAGGGUGAGCUAUCUAAUAAUGGACAUUCCUUAUUUCUUAUUAUGAUUCUCAGGGUCCGUUUGGAAUACGGGAAAUACUAUGGAAAGAAAGUAGAGAGGAAAACAUGAAGAUAAUUUGAAGUGAAACCAAAGAUAGACUAAAACGCAUUAGAAUUAUUUAACAAUUUGGUCAAAACUGAUAUUAUUUGUUGAUUCAUUUCUAAUAUAUUUAGAGUCAGAAACUUAAACUUUUACUCCGAAUUUCACUUUUCUUUGCAGUUCCAUGGUAAUAUGCUAAGUACAUAAUGCCAAUCAUAAGAAUGUAUCAUUUCAAGGAAUCUUUUCCCCUUUCACUAGCACUUCUCGGGAUCAAAACACAUGUAUAUCAUUUUUCAUUGCAUUAUGCCAUUAUCCAAGGGCUCUAGCUCUUGCUCCGUUUGUGGACAGGGGAUUGUCAUGGUUUACUGCUAAGUUUGGGUUUCAGUCACAAGGAAAGGCUUCAUUGACCAUCUCUGGAUUUUGCUUAGCAUUGGUUAUGGCGUUUUUCCUUGUAGUGACGUUACUUUGGGCAUAGAGAGAUACAAUGCUCUGCAACCGUUCAAACCGCUUCUCAAAAAUGACAUUUUUGUUUUUGGCAAAAACACCAAUAGGCAAACAAGAACAUGCACAUUGUAUCUAUUUUCCUCCUCUUCGUUCUCUAUUAGUGUCGUUUUUAUGAUGACAAUUAUUAUUAUAGUGAAUGGAUUGAGAUGAUAAUUUUCACUUCUAUUGUGUCGAG